CAAUCCGACACCCUUGAGUGGAACUGUCAAAUUGCUUUGCUCGCAAAAAAAAUACGACGAAAAAACACCUCUUGAAAAUGGCAGCAUUGAUCAAGGGAAUCAAAUUUGGGGCCCAAAUCACGAACCGAAACCCAGCAAUACUCUACACGAGCGUAAGAAACCAUGGUUGGAACAAAGAUUAUAAGCCUAGCAAAUUUCCCGAAACGGAAAAGGAACGAGAAUUGGCGGCCAAGAAGUAUGGACUAACUACGGCCGAAUACCAGCCAUACCCGGACGAUGGUCUGGGCUACGGUGACUAUCCGAAGCUGCCAGAUGUGCCGGUGGAGGCGCGCGAUCCCUACUAUCCGUACGAUUUUCCGGAAUUGAAGAGAAAUCUGCACGAUCCACUCCAUGCCGAGACCGACUUCUGGGCGGAGGAUCGUUUCGGUUCAGCGGAACCGUUGCGCUACUCGAUGAAAACGUACUGGCUAUCGUUUUUGGGCGUCAUGACCGGCUGCUUCGCACUGUACUACUGGCUUGAAAACUACAAAAUGUUCCGACCAGUGCUUGCCAAGCAGUAUCCUUACGAAGGAAAGGCUCACUACACGUUCGAGAAGAAGUAAAACAACUUUCGGCAGGCUACAGCAAUAGCUAAGAAGAACGCUAAGCCGGUGUGCUGCUGCAUUCAAAUAGAAACAUUUGUGAACAACAUCCCGCGAAACCAACAAACAGCUAAACAAUUUCCACUGCUGGCGAGUGGUGCCGGUUCCAACGAUCCACUCGGUUCUGGACAAAACAACAACGUAGAUUGCAAGAAUUGUUAUGUGCGCUAUGUAAAUAAAAAGAAGUUACAAAGCCCACUGCUAAACUUGUGGUAUUCGAA